AUGUUUGGAACCCAACCCCGGAUUCCCGGCCCCGAAACAUCGGGAAUACAGCCAAGUGUAAAACAAUCAUUGGAGACCCAGGCCCUCGAACUUGUGUUCGAGGCAGCUCGAGCUGAUGAUCCUUCUGCAAUUUUCCUAGACUUGACCCGGCGCAAGGCUUUCCGAGCAAAUGGCAGAUUCAGUAAGUUCGGGCCAGAUGUGGAUAUCAACGAGGCGAAGGCCAUGUCUUUUGUCGCCGAAUCCACCCAUUCUGUGCCCGUCCCAAAGGUCUUUCGGGCAAAAACAUUUGAGGAUGGAACAACCGUCGUUGAGACGAAAUACAUCUUAGGGAAGACAUUGCAAGAGUCCUGGCCGACGCUCUCAGUGGAAGAGAAGAAAAGCUUCGCCAACGAAUGA